UAUCCUGCGAGUGAUCAGACUGAGGGAAUUAAUUGAACUUCCAAAAGAACAAAAGGAGUGAAAAAGGUAAUUUUCUCCUUCUCUGAUAAACACACAGACACGGAUGGCGAGUGACGUUGGCUGCUGUGGGACUGAGUUCUCCUUGUAUGUGCUCAUAAUAAUGGGGCUAGUGGUAUUUGCUGGCCUCAUGGCUGGCCUAACGCUGGGUCUCAUGUCUUUAGGCCUCGUCGACCUUGAAGUCCUCAAGAAUUCUGGUCGUCCUAAGGAUCGAAUACAUGCCGCUAAAAUAUUGCCAGUGGUAAAGAAUCAGCAUCUUCUGCUAUGUACUCUGUUGAUUGGCAACUCUUUAGCAAUGGAGGCUCUUCCCAUAUUCUUGGACAAGAUUGUGCCUCCUUGGGCUGCAAUUCUGAUAUCAGUAACUCUCAUACUAAUGUUUGGAGAGAUAUUGCCACAAGCAGUAUGUACUCGUUAUGGCUUGAAAGUCGGAGCAAUAAUGGCACCAUUUGUUCGUGUUCUUGUUAUGUUGUUCUACCCCAUUUCUUAUCCAAUUAGUAAGGUUCUGGAUUGGAUGUUGGGCAAAGGACAUGCUGUCCUUUUACGGAGAGCAGAGCUCAAAACUUUUGUUAAUUUUCAUGGCAAUGAGGCAGGAAAAGGCGGGGAUUUGACACAUGAUGAGACUACUAUAAUUACUGGGGCACUUGAAUUGACUGAAAAGACAGCAAAAGAUGCCAUGACUCCCAUAUCGAAAGCAUUUUCGCUUGAUCUGGAUGCAACUCUUAAUUUGGACACAUUGAAUGCAAUAAUGACAAAGGGUCACAGUAGAGUCCCAGUUUAUGCAGGAGAUCCAAAAAAUAUAAUUGGACUUAUUCUGGUUAAAAAUCUGUUAUCAGUUGAUCCAAAAGGUGCAGUUCCUCUAAGAAAAAUGAUCAUUAGGAAAAUUCCUCGGGUUUCAGAAGACAUGCCUCUAUACGACAUUCUGAACGAAUUUCAGAAAGGUCACAGCCACCUUGCUGUUGUAUAUAAAGAUUUAAGUGCAAAAACAGACACAUCAAGGAAAGGCAAAGACGGUCAACAGCUUGAAUUUAAGGACAGCUGCAAGAAGCAGAGAGGCACAGAGACAUCAUUUAAGAAAGAUGAUAAUUCGGUUGGGCCCACUGCUGCUGUCCAGAAUAUGAAGGCUGGUUUGGAGUCACGUGAUUCUAAGACUGCUAUCGGGAAGAGUGAUGAAGGUCUACAGAGACAAAAGAGUCCACCACCUACUCCUGCCUUUAAGAAGCGUCACAGAGGUUGUUCAUAUUGCAUUCUGGACAUUGAGAAUUCCCCCAUUCCACAAUUCCUAUCCGGUGAGGAAGUUGUUGGUGUAAUUACCAUGGAGGAUGUAAUUGAAGAACUUCUUCAGGAGGAAAUAUUGGAUGAAACUGAUGAGUAUGUCAAUAUUCACAACAAAAUAAAGAUCAACAUGCAUGCAUCUCAAGAGAAGGCUUCUAACUCAAUAUCACAGCCUUCUGUCUAUGGCACCUCUGUCACAGGCAAUGCAACACCAACAUCCACAUUAUCCACAGGUCCAACACCGACUCUUUCCGUCUCAACUGGCACUUCGUUGGCUGGCUCACCACCUACUACAAAUCAAGUUUCUGAAGGAGACUUGUUGAAAGAUCAAUGAUACAUUUAGUCAUCAUAGAACAUUCAACAUAGAUCAAGUCACAAGGACAUAGGUAGUAGGGAUUAAAUUACUUGGUCGUUGAUCUAUUGUAUAAAUAUAUCUUGUCACGGAAAAUUCAUGUGAACAAUGUGGUUUGAGGGCUAUAAGUAUGUAAGGAAAAGGUUAUUACUUUCA